ACUUCGCCCACCACCACGCCCAUGACGCCCUCCAGCCCGGCCUCCCCGCCCACGACCCCCCGCCCCUCUGUCGCCCGCCACGCCCGUCCCCGCAGGCCUGACGGAGACGACGGAGGAAGAAGCCGCCACGGAAGCCACUCCUGAACCCACGGAGAGCUACAACGAGAUUCCUGUCGGGAUGACCGAAGGGGACGAGGCAGAGGUACAGCAGGAGACGACGCAGCAGGGAGACUCCACCACGCCUUCCGCGGAUCUCACGCCCGCAGCAGGCACAGCCCCGGCCACUUCGCUCGCCCCUGAGGUUGUGGGAGCCUCCGACGUCUCUUCGGAAUCUGACGAAGAAGACGACAUGAACGCCAUCAUCUUCCCAGACGACCCGAUCCUCGCCGUACGACCCGAGACAGAAGCCCUGGAGGCGGUGACCGAAACGCAAGUGGCAGACACGCAAGAGGAAGCCGUCGUCGAUGGCGCCCUCCUCCAGAUUCUGGAUUUUAGCGACGUCGGCGGACACCAGAGCCAGGUCUCGACGACGACCCAGGCUAGCACGGCCACAGCAAGUCCCGUGAGUAGCGUUCCCACGUCUGGUCCUUCUUCGGGGCCUCUCGAGGUCCAGCAGAUCGAAGUCGCUGGUGGGGUCGGCGAAGAAACGGACGUGGACUACGACUACUAUGCUAACUACCCCGACCAGAUCCUCCUUCAGCCCGUCAACCAGAAUAUCUGUGGCUUUAAAGGAGCCAAGCCUUAUGACGACCAGCUGAGCAGCAGGAUCCUCGGGGGCGUCGUGGCGUCGACGGUGGAGUGGUGUUGGGUGGCGGCCAUCAUGGAGCGGCGUCAGGGCGGCAACAAGUUCGUGUGCUCGGGGGCGCUGGUCGAGUCCAACCUCGUGCUCACCACCGCCACCUGCCUCAAGAGGCUGCAGAACCGCGACUUGUCUCGGUACAUCGUGGUGUUCGGCGACAGCAACCUGCGCGAGGACCUUCCCUACGGGGUGCAGUUCCACUCCCUCGCAGAAGUGGUCACCCACCCCGACUACUUCACCUCCGGGGGCGCGCACGCGAGUGAUAUAGGCGUGAUAAGGCUCCGCGACCACGCGACCCUCAGCGACAACGUGUGCCUGGUGUGCAUGGCGCAGCAGGACGCCAUGUUCCCCGCCCAGACCUGCACCGUCACGGGCUACGGCGUCGGCGACAUCCCGGCGCCCAUGCUCAAGGACGUACAGCAGACGGUGCCGCUGGAGGGCAUUUUGAGGCAGCUUUCGGUCCCCGUCCACAAGGAAGCCGACUGUCGAGACACGUUGCGGAAUGUCACGCGUUCGGAGAUCUUGGCUUCGUCCGAUUCCUUCCUCUGCGCCGGCGGUACUGGCGACGGCAGUGCUUGCUACAGCACGAUGGACGGCGGCUCCCCCCUGGCGUGCGAGGCCGGCGGGCGCUGGUUCCUGGCGGGGCUGGUGUCGUGGUCGCGGGACUGCACGGAGCCGGGGACGCCCAACGUGUACACGCGCGUGUCCUCCUUCACCAACUGGCUCCAGGCGACUCACCUGCGCAUGAUGGGCUUCGCAACGCACCAGAUUAAGCUGACGUGAAACCUACUUCGUACUUCAUAUGUAGAGGGGUUGCCAUGCUAAGUGUGUCAUGAGGAAGGUGCUGGACUACUACUGUACACUUUUAUUAUUAAGGCCAAAGUCAAAGUCUUGCGCUUACCGAGUCGAAGUUGUUUCAAGGCUUAAGACACUCCAUGAUGAAAUGGCGCGCUAGGAGAGAAAGGAUAAUUUUUGAGAGAAAAUAAUAUUCUCUGGUAGAUUCUCUAGUGAAUGUUAAUGUUCUUAUGUGUUUUAAGAUCGUGUGUGUCGUAGCUUUAUGCCUGUCGGUGUAUUUUUAAGUUUUUUAUUUAUUUUGUUAUGUUCUAUAUGUCUGUAUGACUGUGUAUGUUGAGCAGUUGGCUCCACCAUUCAUUGUGAAAAAAAACAUGUCUUCGUGAACUGACUAUGGAAUAAAAUAAAUCACAAAGCGUA